UUCCUGGAAAGAAGGUGUGGGGUCGUAGCCUAUGAUUUAGAACAUGGUGAGCCGUGCGCAUGCGCAACCGCUCCAUGAAAAACAUCUUCACGGGCAUUUCGCGCUGACCUGGUGUUCCGAAUAACAUACCGUCGACAGAUUCGGGGUUGGAACAUGGCAUCCGGAGGUAUGAUGCAGGCAGCGAUGCUCCUGCUGGCGGCCCAGCUCGUCCUGUGCCGCGGUGGUGCUGCAGAUGUGGACCGGGAGACAGGGACGGUCAUCCCCGCAGAAAGUCGCCCAUGCGUCGACUGCCAUGCGUUUGAGUUCAUGCAAAGGGCCCUGCAGGACCUCAAAAAAACUGCUGUCAGCCUAGACGCCAGGACGGAGACGCUGGUGCUGAGGGCGGAGACGAGGGCUCUUUGCGACUGCAUGCCCAGCUCGCUGCGCUGAAUCCUCACAACGCGGACGGCUCUUCCCAAAUACUCUACUCAUGUACAGCGAUUCUAGACUACCAACACAGCGGACACUUUAUUUUAAGCUCGUCUCAUCGCCAUAUGCUUGGAAUUGUUUCUUUUAAAAAAAACAAAACACAGAUGUCAUCAAAUAAUUUUUUUUGGGGGGGGGGUGGGGUGGGGGGGGUGGGUGGUUGAGAAAGAAAACUUGAGAAAGAAUCCACUCAUAUUUGUUGGACUUUCCUUAGCACAGCACUGUAGCAUGAAUUCACAGCACCUUUUUGUAAACGUAGAGUGUAUGUAUAGAUUUUGAGGUGACAUGAAUAUUGAUAUGUAACAAUUGUUUAUCCACAAUGUACUGUAACAUUCACUGGCGGUACUUAAGUUUGCAGUGGAGGAAAAUGUGACAAGUGUGUGUGUUACUGUCACCGUUGUAGGUCAGCGUACAAAUCAAAUAACGUGAAUAUUUUGUCCCUGCGAAGGUUUCUGUGUGUGGGCGAGGAGGACUGGCCAAAUAAAAUGUGCGUACUUACUGUU